UCAGGAUUGUCAGAAAAGUAACAAUAUUAUUAAUGUUAAUAAUUAUUUUGUUAGAAAAUAAUAGUCUUAGAAAUAAUUGUAAAGUCUUAAAUAAUGUUAAAAAUUCUUUCGCGUUCAAAUAAUUGUUUCUUUUGUCGCCUACCACAAGGAUAUGCAACUUGGCAAAUAGUCAAUAUGAAGGAGGAACUGAUGCCACUAAGCAGAUCUAAUCCAGUAAUUAAAAAACUGGAUGAUCCAAUAUAUCAUUCAAUACUUACACCAGAACUUAAUAUCUUAACACAAAUAUUUAAGAUGUAUAAUUAUGAUUUAAAAAUUGCUGGUGGUGCUGUAAGAGACAUUUUAAUGAAUAUAAAACCAAAAGAUUUAGAUUUUGCUACAGAUGCUACACCAGAGGAAAUGAAAAUCAUGUUUGAAAAAGAAAAUAUUAGAAUGAUUAAUAAUAAAGGAGAAAAUCAUGGUACAAUUACUGCAAGAAUAAAUGAUAAAGAAAAUUUUGAAGUAACUACACUUAGAAUUGACACACAUACCGAUGGUAGGCAUGCAAAGGUUAAAUUUACAACAGAUUGGAAAUUAGAUGCUCUUCGUAGAGAUCUUACAAUUAAUUCCAUGUUUCUUGACCUUGAUGGUAGAGUAUAUGAUUAUUUCUUUGGUUAUGAUGAUUUACAAAAAAAAAGAAUUGUUUUUGUUGGAAAUCCAACAAAUAGAAUAAAGGAAGAUUAUCUGCGAAUCUUAAGGUAUUUUAGAUUUUAUGGAAAAAUUGCAGCUCAACCAGCUGCUCAUGAGGAAACAAUUAUAAUGGCAAUAAAAGAAAAUGUACAUGGACUCCGAAGAAUAUCUGGUGAAAGAAUUUGGAGUGAAUGGUCAAAAAUCCUGUCUGGAAAUUAUGCUAAAGAAUUAACUUUACAAAUGUUGAAAUGUGACAUUGCAAGACAUGUUGGACUCCCAGAAAAUCCAAAUAUAAAAAACUUCGAAGAUGUUUCUGAUAUUGCUAAGAGAAACAAUAUUUCUUUGCAACCAAUUACUUUUCUUGCUGUAAUGCUAAAGGAUGAGGAUGAAGUAUUCCAGCUUCAUAACAGAUUAAAACUAUCUGCAUUUGAAAGGGAUUUAGCAUUAUUUUUAGUUACAAACUGGCAAAAUAAUCCUUCAGUAGAUAUCUUGAAAUUUUAUAAAAGAUUUCUGAUUCAUAAGAAAGGAAACAUUACAAAAAGUUAUAUUUGUGAAUUACUAAAAUGUAAACAACAUUUUAGUUUUGCUAAAGAUAUAGAACAGUUUGAAAUACCAAGAUUUCCAGUAAAUGGGUUUAUGCUACAACAAUAUUCGUUAAAAGGAAAAAUGAUGGGUAUUGUUAUUAAAAAAUUAAAAGAUAUUUGGUUCGACAAAGAUUUUAAAACGAAUGUAGAAGAAUUACUACAAGAGGUUCCACAAAUUAUUAAUGAAUUAAAAAAUGAAAACUCAAACUUAUAA